CGAGCCGGUGGUGCUGCGCUGCCCUCAAAAAAAGUAGGAACGACUUUCGCGCGCUAACCCAAGUGGGAAACCUCCGGCCCUCAGAUUUGGCAUCGCAGCCUCUCGCACGACGACGACAUCAACAGGCAAUUGCCGAGGCCGUGGGUCUCAGUCGCUCAUCAUGCCGUCCGCCAACUGUCUGCGGAGCCUGUCGCAGCUGUCUCUCGAUGCGACCGCCCACGCGACCGCCGCCUCGCGCUUCCUGCACCCGCGCGUGGCCUGCUUCUCCACGUCCACCGCCCGCCAUGCUAACAACACUUUGAUGAAGAAGAAGGGCAUGGUCGCGGCACCGAAGAAGGGUGUCAAGACACUCAACACCAAGAAGAGCAAAGGAGGCGGAUCGGCGGACGCAGGCAAGCGGCCAGCACCCGGAGCACGAAAGGCACAGCGCAAGCGCAUUGUGCUGAGCAACGACAACGCACUCGAGGUCUCUUCGCUGAAGGAUUUGACCAAGGCAACCGUUUUUAGCGAGGCAAACGAGGGUCGUGUUGUCGGGCUCCCAGAGCCUGUCGUCGAUGCGUUGCGGUCUGUGGACGCCUUCAAGGUUACCCAGGGCUGGAGCUUCUUCAGGAGACCAGCAGUCUUGAUGAGAAAGGAGGCGAUCCACCUCGCGAAGCUGUUUCAGGAUGUAGAAGAGGCAGCCACUGGCAAGGACAAGAAGACUAUCCGCCGGAUAAUCACCGGGCAGAGGAUGGGUGGAAAGACCACGCUGCUGCUCCAGGGAUUGAGCGUGGCCUUCUUGAGACAGUGGUUUGUCAUCAAUCUUCCAGAGUGCUAUGAUAUCGUCAACGCUCACACUGAGUACGCGCCUCUGGAGGGCUCUGAACCCACGCAGUACACGCAGGAUAUGUACACUGCUACUCUCCUGUCACAGACUCUCAAAGCGAACGAGGCCUACUUUGAGCAGGCAAAGAUUACACAGAAACACGACCUCAAUGUUCCCCUACCCGCGAGCGGGAAACUUAAGGAUCUGAUUGCAGUUGGCAUGGCCAAUCCCGAUGUAGCAUGGCCAGUCUUCAAGGCGCUGUGGGCAGAACUCUCACAGCCUGGCCAGCCACAAAUCCUCCUUGCUGCUGACGGACUGUCGCACAUGAUGCGAAACUCGGACUAUCUGAACGCCGAUGUGAAGCCUAUCCACGCUCACGAUCUGACCAUCGUUCGCCACUUCGUCGAUCACCUCUCUGGUGUCAAGCAACUACCCAACGGAGGUAUUGUGCUCGCUGCAACCUCAAAGUCCAACGCACGCAGCUCGCCCGCAAUGGACUUCCGCAUCAAAGAAGCAGAAGCCAUCAAGGCACAGACCAGCGUCCCGCAGUGGAACCCUUACACAAGCGUCGAUAAGCGCACCAUGGACGCCCUCAAGGACCUUGCGGACCCGAAGGCUGAUCUUGAUAUCCUCGAGGUUGGUGGCGUGAGCAAAGAAGAGGCCAGGAGUAUUAUGGAAUACUAUGCGGAGAGUGGAAUGCUGAAGCACCAGGUGAAUGACGUUCUCGUCACCGAGAAGUGGAGCUUGGCAGGCAUGGGUAACAUUGGUGAAUUGGAAAAGGCGAGUGUAAGAACUAGGCUAUGAGAGCUGUGGUGUCGGAAUAGCGUUGUACUAUAUGUUGGCAUGUAGAACUUGUAGUAUA